AAAUUUUGCUGAUGGGUGGUGUGAGGUCGUGAAGAUUGCGACUCUUUACUAGAAGUGAAGAUAUUUGUUAAUUCACUGCAGACUUGAGGUCUGCAAAAAUAGCAGCACAAACAGAAACAAUUGAGUGAAGAAAAUGAGUUCGAAAGAUAAGGAGAUUUCGAAGUCUAAGUUCAAGUUUUUCACGAAGAACGCGAAGGGCGUUGCAGGCGGGGCGAGCGAACGCUUAUUGCGACCGGAAAUCGAACGUGAAUUGAGACCUGAGCAAACCACGGCCCAACGUUGCAAGACUUUGUCUGAGCUGCAGCUGCACAACUUGAAAUUAGAAGAAGCUUCCAUUACGGAAUUAUGGACUCUUACCAAGGACUUAAUAAUACCAAAUAAACCAGCGGAGUGCCGUCAAACAGCGCUUACCUUUUAUAAAAGACUCAUACAAACUCAAUAUAAAAAUCUGAAUUUGCUGCGCCACCAUUUCUUUUAUGUCAUUCAAAAUCAUGAAGUCCCUGAAGACCUGAAACAUAGACUUGAACUGCUGGAUACCUUAACUGAUAAUGGUAAAGAUAUACAGAACUUCGAAGAAAAGAUUGGUAAAUUUAUGCUGCAAUGGAUUCCUGCUAUAACUGAAGCUCGUUUACUUCGCCCCUAUCUUGAUAUUCUAGGCAAUAUAAUAAAAUUUAACGCUUCCCUUUUGGACAAGGACAUUGUUGUUGGUAUCGUUCAAAACGCUUGUCAUUUGAGUUGCACAGUUGAAGAAGAUGAUAUUGGUUUGCAAUGUCUAACAAUUCUUGAAAUGGUUAUGUGUUACACGAUAUUCCCUAGUGAACCGUUGGCACAGUGUGUUGUUACAUUGUGUCGAACUGUUAAUCAUUCACCGUAUUGUCCAGCAUCAUGGAAGAUCAUGAAAAAUCUACUUGGAACCCAGUUGGGCUAUCAUUCUAUGAAAAUGAUGUGCAAUAUUCUUAAUGAUCGCAGCCUCUAUGCAGACCAACAAUUGUUACGCGGUGCAGUCUUUCAUCUCAAUAUGAACAUUUUCGGCUCGAAUGUGGUUUUUCAAGUAUCACCCAUGUUUUACGCAUCGACUGUGCUGACUAGUUUUCUUCAUGCACUAGACAGCAGGCAAGUAAUUGUAACCUUUGAAGUAAUUCUAAGUGUUCGGCGAGUCAUCAAUUACUAUAAAUCGGAACUGCCAGAAAUUAUAUGGGAUUGCAUCUGCGACACAAUGAAUGCGAUCUUAGAUAAUAUUGAAUACUAUGAACGUAUCAAUAUCAACAAAGAUCGCCUACACAAUUUGCAAAUAAAUUUUCAUGAAAACAUCGAUUGUAUAGAGAAACUGCUGUACGAUGAUAAAGCACCGAUACUUGCAAAUAUUAAUCGUAUCUAUGACUUGAUCGAACGCGUCGCGGAAAACCGCACAGAAACAUCAGUGCUCAAACUAAUUGAGUAUCGUUCGACGAAAGUAACUGCCACACGACCGCAAUGGUUACAAGUGCUCAACGAUUUUGUUUGUCGUUUCUACAAAAUGCCCAAUACGAAUGUGCGUUUAAAGGCAAUUCAAUCUUUGGUUCGCAUUAUGGAUUUAAAUCGUUUUAGCUAUGAAGAAGAGAUACUCGAUCGUGUCGUUAUUCCUCAAUUUUCACAAAUUGCUCAUGAAGCUGAUUUGGAAAUACGAGUGGCUGUUGCAAAUGCUUUAGUGGGCUUUGUACGCCACUGUGACACCAAGCGAUGCGGCGAGUUAUUGGACAUAUUAGAGAAGCUCAUUAAUCGACCAUUCGAGCAGCAGCUUAUCGCAGGGGAAUCGACAAUCAAAAGUGAAUCGGAUAUAUUGGAUGUUGUGACGGCAGUACAUGGAUUAAUAGAAAUUUUUGGCAUUAAGCUACACCGUUUGCCUUCAACACAUGCCAUUAAAAUUUUUAAUAUUUUGAUCGGUCACUUGGAGACACACUACGACCGCCCCAAAGUUUUCGAACAUGCCCGUGCUGUUCGCUUUAAGAUCUUCAAGUGGAUUCUACGUGCUCGUUCUAAUGCUUCCUACCACAUCGGUUAUCCAGAUUCUGAAAACGGCGAGAUAAUAAAAUUUAGUGCUUAUUUAGGCAUCGAUUCUAGCUUACCUCCACAAGGGCAUCAACAUGGGCGACAUCAGUUAACCUCGCACGACAUAAUAGCUGGCUCGCAUUUUACGACUAUAUCUAUACGCAGGGCUUGUAAAAUAAUUGUUAAGUGCUUAGAUUUGGAACGCGAUUAUGAAGUCUUACAAUCAGUUAUUAAAGAACUACCGAAAGUGUUAUGCAAUAAAGCUCUUAUCCAAGGUAAUGAUAUCGAAGCUCUUGCGGUUUCCUUAUUCCGCAUUUUUCAAGAUGUCAACAAAACACUGCACCUCAGUUACUGUCCCACUAGCGAUGAAGUGAACGCAUUGUUUCUCCCUGCAAUUGCUUCUCUAGUUAUAUACCAUCAAAGUAUAUCAUCACAUCAAAUUAAUACACUGAUAUUAGCGCUUUGUUCCGGCAUUUUUUCUGGCACUGCUAAUGUUUGCAUCAAUACAUUAACGACUAUGAUUCUUGAAAUGCCCGAUACUUUAACACGCACAUUGGCAGAUAUAUUGCUUCAGAUGAGCAAGAUGUCCGAUACAACUAUGGUUGCUAUACCGGUUUUGGAGUUCUUAUCAAUUUUGAGCCGUAUGCCGAAUCAAUAUUUUACAAACUUCAUACCACGCCAAUAUAUGUAUGUGUUUGCAAUUUCAUUGCCGUAUACCAAACCUAAUAGAUAUGAUCAUUAUACCGUAUCGCUGGCACACCAUGUCAUUGCUGGUUGGUUCUUAAAGUGCAAGCUAGAGAUGCGAAAAAACUUUGUCACCUACAUAAUAUCGUCGAUUCAAUCGAAUGCUAGUAUGCUGUAUGAUGACAUUGACAAGUUCAAGCACAGCAUACAGCGUCAAGACUUGAAUAGCUUGAACGAGGACUCUUCGAAUCGCAAACGAAGCACCAGUUUGACAGAACGUGGUAGUCGUAACACGAGUGUACGAAAUGGAUCCGAUAUGCGACCACCAAUCAAUGAUAGUUUAAAGAGCUUUCAUGCAGAGUUGGCAGAGACUUGCAUAGACUUCUUGGCGAGGCAUACAUUUUCGCCGUGUUCGGCUUUACCUAAACGCUUACCAGCAGUGGAAUAUCUCUUGAAAGACGGCUUCUCACAGACCUGGGUAGUUGGCCACAACUUGAUUACAAUCACGACUUCUGGCUGCCCAACAGCACCAAUACGCAAUGGGCUUUGCGACCGCUGUUCUCAAAUGAAUAAACAGCCCCUCAGUAACAAUGUUUUGAUAGCAAAUAAGAGUGAAUCGAGCAGCACUGCGCCUUUGUCGCCAGAAGCUACCAAUACGCACUCUUCCGGCGCCCCCUCGACCGUCGAGCGUCGUUACACUAAGGCCAGCCUUCAGUAUAGUAGUGGAAACGAGUCGGCUGGCAGCACUGAUCUCACUUCCUCUUCAUCAUCUGCCUCAGCGGCGAUGAAUACUAACACUGCCAUAACUCAACGUCAAAUAUCUAACAGCUCUACCGCUUCGCUCGAAGCUCUUUCGCGACGAGGCUCUAAUCCAGAGCCCACGGAAGGUGGUGGAGGUGCCGCAAGUGGCAGUACAACUUCUCUUUUGGGAGGUCAUUCGCUAUCGACGACGAGUAUAAGUGCUUCUCCGACACAAUUACAGGCGGUACAACAGCAGACGUGUAUCCGUUCCUGCACUGGUUGGGCGGAGAUUUUGAUACGUCGACCGACGGGCAACAUUUCGUGGAUAACGCGCAUUCAAAACCCCAUCGCAAAUGAUUGCUUCGGGCAGGAUCUACCUUUUAGCAACAUAGUUUCACUUUUCCUACCCACAGCCCAUGGCGGUGUUUUUGGGCCUGACUUCGUGCAGUCGGCGUUAAUGCCAGAGCAUCAGCAAGAAACUGGUGUGCAAUUGGAUGUUGUGCAACCAACUACUAAAACGCUCCCAGCUCCCGAUACGACUAUAGGCCCGGAAAGCGACGACACAGUGCAGCCAGCUACAAACCCAUCAGCUGGUGCGGAGGAGAGAAAAUCUGGCGCCUUUACCAAAGCACGCCCUCUACAGCGCCAAGAAGAGAUUUCGUCGUCGACUACAAUGCCGCCGUCUGCAGCAUCACUGAGUACGGCGGCCAUCGACAUACCCAAGCCACUAUGCACUAAGCGUGCAGGCGGCAAAGAAGCACUCGCAGAUAGCGUGAGCGAUGGCGAAGCUGAUGAUGACACAAUGCAGUUUGCAGAUGGCCUAUCGCGUGCACGCAACCCAGUACGCCGGGUCAAUUCAAGUCCAGAGAUGAGCUCCAGCUGGCGACAGACUUUUCUCACAGCAAAGCCAGCGCCUUUGGCGACAGAUUCAGCCAAGGCAAAAGCUAGCAAAUACUCUGUGAGUCUUCAAGGUCUUGAGGAGGUAAACCAACAACAACAAAUGCAGUUGCAACAAAAGAAAAAGAGCGUACAGUACACCAAAGACAUGCGUGUUAGCUGCGAGGCGAUUCCCGAGGAAAUUGCAGGAUCCACUCCCCCACAAGCGCAAUCUACGGAUGCACCCUCAGAUGUGGUGCCUGCAGUAGCUACAGAUAAAUCCGCUAUACCCACUGUGGUUACAUCUGCCGUAACAGCUGGACAGAUGCUUAUUACAACCAGUACUGCCACAAUUACACUGCCUCCGAAGCAGCAUUCUGCGGAUGAUGUUAGCAUUAGCGCGAGCGUGCCCGCAUCUUCGGUACAACAGUCUUCAUCUGGCUCCUCGUUAAAAUUAAAUGUUGCGGUUGAAAAGGUCGCAUCAAAGCCACCGCACUCUCCGGCAACGGCAACGGCACCAUCACCACAAUCACCGCGAUUGGACAAACAGCCCAGCGGCAUUGGCGCUUCAAAAACUGCAACCUUUACAAAUGCACCAAGCACAAUUCAUCAAGGACUCGCUAAAUCGAGCAGCAGCGGUGGUGGCAACGCAAACCUUUCGGGUGGCUCCUCUUACCUGGGCGGGGGCGGAGGUGACUACGGAAAUGGCAGCAACGGUGACAUGAUGAGAGGCCGCUCCAAGACCAUUUCCGUAGUGCGUGAGGUAAAUGGCCGUUCAAGGCCAACUACCUCAAAUUUCCGAAGCUUCAACAAUAACUCAAAGCCAUCUGUGAACGCCAAGCUUUGCAUGAAUCCGAGCUUUGUGUUCAUGCAGCUCUACCAUACCGGUCAGUUGCAAGUUACUGAUGUGCCGAUCAAAGUGCCACCAGAAGAAACAAAUGUACUGACGGUUCUUGACUUGGCGCCUCCGUUCGAGACCCAUAAAAUCGGCGUGCUCUAUGUGGGUCAAGGCCAAUGUAAUAACGUAGUAGAAAUUUUGAGGAAUUCACAUGGUAGCAUGCGGUACGUUGAGUUUCUCAGCAAUAUUGGUACCCUUGUUAGUCUGAAGGAAGCGGAACAGAAAAACCUGUUCGUUAAUUUAGACAGGGGAGGCGCUGAUGGGAAAUUCACAUACGUGUGGAAGGACGACAUUGUGCAGGUUACUUUCCACGUCGCUACUUUGAUGCCUACAAAUUUGCAGAAAGAUCCUAACUGCAAUGAAAAGAAAAAGCAUAUCGGCAAUGAUUUUGUUAAAAUCGUUUAUAAUGAGAGUGGCGAGGAAUAUAACCUCAAUACGAUUUCGGGUCACUUCAAUUAUGCUUGUGUUAUUGUGGAGCCCUUAGAAUUAAACAGUAACCGCGUUUAUGUGAAAGCGCGUCCUGAGAUUUCAAAAUUCGUCUGCCAUCCUGAACCUAAAAUAGUGUCUGACCACAGCGCCCCCCUGUUGGCUCGUCAAUUAGCUUUGCAUGCGAACCUCGCCUCACAAGUAUACCAGAGCUUGCAGAAGAAAAAUCCAUAUGCGUCCAAUUGGCUAGAACGCUUGCGUAUAAUUAAACGGCUGCGUACGAAGUUGAUUGAACAACAGAAUAACCAACAUCAGAGUGGCUCAUCUGCUGGUACCGAUCCUGAUGACCAUACACACGAUCCCUUAAAGAAGCAAAACACCAAUCGUGAUUUUACCAAGUAUGCAUAAAGUUAUGAAAGCCGAAAGCAGCAAAAUAAUUAUUACAAAAGAAGUGACAUAGAAUAAACAUUUAAUCUUUUUACUUCAUUAAGUUUUCCUAACAAAACUUCAGUGUUCAGAGAAGUUUAGUGGUAUGAAAUUAAUAAAAAUAUUAAA